UCCUCGUGGGUCCUCUGUUAGUCUCUUCUCCACCGUUGAACCAAAAGUUAAAUGAAAUAUCCAACCUUUGAAAUUUUUUAUAAAUCCCAAGAAAAUAGGUGAAAUAGUUUCAGAAAAAAAAAAAUCCAACAAAAAAAAGAUCCCAGAACGAGAAAAAAGCACACAGAGGAAGAGGAAGAAGAAGAAGAAGAAACGAUGCCUUCAAGCACUUUCUCCGGAACUGUGAGCACGCCGAAGGUUUCGGUGGCUGUCGACAUGGGCCAUCCUUUUCUCAACCUCACCGUCGAUUCUUUCCUCAAGAUCGGAGCUGUUGGAGUCACUAAAUCUCUUGCAGAAGACACUUACAAAGCCAUCGACAAAGGGAGUCUCUCUAAGAGCACUCUUGAGCAUGCGCUUAAGAAAAUGUGCAAAGAAGGUGUUUACUGGGGAUCUGUGGCUGGAGUUUAUGUUGGAACAGAGUAUGGAAUCGAACGUAUCCGUGGCACCAGAGAUUGGAAAAACGCAAUGUUGGCAGGCGCAGCAACAGGAGCAGUGAUCUCUGCGGCUAGUAACAAAGGCAAAGACACGAUCGUGGUUGAUGCCAUUAUGGGUGGUGGACUUGCAACCGCGUCUCAUUUCCUUAACAAUCAUUAUUUCUACUGAGAUUUCAAUCUUUCCUUUUAGGACCAAUUUGGUUCCAAAAUCUGGUCCUUAUGGUGGAUUGCUUUGUUUAUUUUCCAAUAAAGAAAAUGUUAGCGUUUGGAAUGUAACACAUUUGAGUCUCAUGAACGUUAAUAAUGUCAUUAGCAAUGGCUUUGUGGUUUCUUGUAAACUCUCUGGCUCACUCCAAAGGAAUCUUGUUUAUUACUCU